AUGCAUUCUUUUGCCGGACUGCUGGGCCGCGGCCUGGUGGUCGCUCUUGGCCUGGCGUCCGCUGCACCUACAAACGUAUUGACAUCGCGCCUUACAAAUGGCGUCGAGAUUAGCUACAAUGAGCCUGGAAUCUGUGAAACCACACCAGGUGUCAAAUCCUACAGCGGGUAUCUCACCCUUCCCUCAACGCCUUACCAGCCUUACUCGCAGAAGCUCUUUUUCUGGUUCUUCGAGGCACGUAACUCUCCCGAGACGGCGCCGCUGAGCAUCUGGCUGCAAGGCGGCCCCGGUGCUCCUUCCGUCGAUCAGGCGCUUGGCGAAAACGGCCCUUGCAUUGCGCAGUCGGACUCGAAUUCUACUGUCCUGAACCCUUGGUCGUGGAACAACUAUGCCAAUCUUCUCUACAUUGACCAGCCUACGCAGACGGGCUUCAGCUACGAUGUCGCGACACCGGGUGUGAUCGACGCGGUGACGGGUGACAUCACGCUGGAGGAUCAAUGGUCAGGACCGCUUAACUAUGUAGCUGUUGAGGGCACGUUCUCGAGUCAGGAUGAGAGAAAGGUCGUCAACACCACGGCUGUAGCUGCCGAGGCCAUCUGGGAGUUCCUGCAGGUCUGGAUGGAAGAGUUCGACCAGUAUCGUCGGGAAAAGAUCAGCGUCUGGUCUCAAUCAUAUGGUGGACAUUACGCUCCGGCAAUAGCAAAUCUGCUGCAGACGCGGGCCAAAUCGUGCUCCGCUAAUGCUCUGCCCGUCACUGUCGAUAGUGUCGGCAUCAUCAGCGGUUUCAUCGAUUUCCUGACCCAGGGUGAAUAUUAUCCCAGCUUCGCCAUCAACAACACGUACGGGAUUCAAGCGUACGAUAUCGAAGUCUCGGAGUCUGCCGCGGCGAACUGGUCAAUGCCGGGCGGCUGCAAGGAGCAGGUCGAGGCUUGCCACGCUCUAACACCCAAUGGCUACCGAGAUCAAUACGGAACAAACGAUACCGUCUCCGAGAUCUGUGGUACUGCAUUUGGAGUGUGUUGGAUAACCGUGUAUUAUGCAUAUGACGCGCUCUCCGGCCGAGACCCCUUCGAUAUCGCGCAUUUUAACCCACCUUCCUUCCCUCCGCCUUACGCAUACGGUUUCCUCGCACAGGAAUGGGUACAGAAGGCCCUAGGCGCCGAAGUCAACUACACGCAGAACCACAACCCGACGGCCAACCAAUUCAGCGCGUCUGGCGAUUUCAUAUUCGGUGGCUUCAGCGACGAUCUCGGCUCACUCCUCGACGAUGGUGUAAAGGUGGCUCUGAUCAACGGAGACCGCGACUUCAGAUGCAACUGGGUUGGUGGCGAAGCAGUCAGCCUGUCCAUCGACUACGAAAACAAGGACGACUUCGCCGCGGCAGGCUAUGCCGACAUCCAGACGAGCUCGUCCUACGUCGGCGGUGUGGUGAGACAGUACGGAAGCUUCUCCUUCUCGCGAGUGUUCGAGGCUGGGCAUCAGAUCGGCUACUACCAGCCCGAGACAGCCUACCAGAUAUUCACCCGUACCAUCUUGGGCAAGGACGUUGCUACCGACGAGAUAUCUUUAAAGGAACAUCCGAAUUACGCCACCGAGGGGCCGGCAACGGUGUUCGAUAUUACAAAUGAGACGCCAGCACAGCCUGCCUCGGAGUGUUAUGUUUUGGCCUACCCAUUGUUUCCUUAUUGCACUGAUGAGCAGCAACAGGCAUUGGUAGACGGCACGGCUGUGGUGGAGGAUAACAUUGUAGUGAGCCCGUCGGGUAGAGCUGCCUCGUGA